AGAGAGAGAGAGAGAGAGAGAGAGAGAGAGAGAGAGGGGGAGAAAGAGAGGGAGAAAGAGGAGGAUCGUUGUUUCUCCCGACCCGGAGGGCUGAGUUAUUAAAGGACCAGAUCGCCUCUCUUCGUGGAUGUUUGAGUCGUUCUCUCAGGGUUAAGGUUCUUAUCUUAGGGUUCCAUUCUCUUGGGUUUCCGUUCUCUCCGUUCCCUUCGCUGCUGAUCGGUUCGUCUCUUUCCCAACACGUCGCGGAGAUCUUUCUUCUUCUUUCUUCCGAACUUCCUUCAGCCAUGCACCGGGGAGCUGUGGUGUUGCUGCUCUGUGUCGUGGCCUUAUUGUUCUUAACGACUGAAGGUUUUAUUACAGGUUAUAAGUGCCGAUGCACCAGAAAAGGUCCUAAGAUUCGUUACAAGGACGUCCAGAAACUUGAAAUCAAACCCAAACACCCCUUCUGCCACGAGAAGAUGAUAUUCGUCACCAUGGAGAACGUGUCUCGGUUCAAAGGUCAGGAGUACUGCCUGCACCCCAAACUCCAGAGCACCAAGAACCUGGUGAAGUGGUUCCGCAUCUGGAAAGACAAACACAGGGUCUAUGAAGCUUAGAGCAUCUCAGCUCUACGAUCACGAUACUUGGAUGAAACAACCGUAGGCUUGUGUACUGUGAAGUAUACAACACAUAAUUCUACCCUAAACUCUACCCUUAACUAUCAAGCCCCUAUCCCAA